GAAAUUUAGCCAAUUGGUAUAUAAAUACAGGGUAGAUCAUACAUACAAUUCACCAGACUCUUCCUCUUGGUCGAUUCUCCGACUCCUAAGAAAUCAGAAAAUCAAUUAAAGAUACAGUUUUUCCUUACAAGAUAUUGCCCCUUGGAAUUUUCUAAUUAACUCAAUACUAAGGGACAAACAAACAUGUCUGUUGAUAACCUUAUCCAAUGAUGUCGAAUGAAGAAGCUGCCACGUCAGAUAGAGAUACAGAUGACAAAUAUUUCCACCUCUCAUCACCUCCUCCCCCCACAACCUCUCUUUAGUCCAUCCAUUCCCUCUCAACAACAAAAACUCAAUACCAAAACCAUAUACUCAAUUUAUCUGUAUAGUUUUUCACAUAAAGAAGCAGUUGGGUGCAGAGAGGGAAGGAAGAGAGCUAAAGAGUGAAAAUAUGGCUUCUACUUCGGCAGUCUCAAUGGCAAUGCCAUUGAAAAAUGUGAGCCGACAGAGGGUUCCAACCUCAGAGGCCUUCAUGAAGCCACUUCCAGUGAGGCACUCAAAGGCUGCUGCUGCUGCUGCAUCAAAAUCAAGUGGGAGGGUUCAAGUGAGGGCUUCCAUGAAGGACAAGGCAAUCACGGGGCUCACUGCAGCUGCACUGACGGCUUCCAUGAUGAUACCGGAGGUGGCUGAGGCUGCGUCUGGGGUCUCUCCGUCACUCAAGAACUUCUUGCUCAGCAUUGCGGCUGGCGGAGUUGUGCUUGUUGUAAUUAUUGGUGCUGUCGUUGGUGUUUCUAACUUUGACCCAGUGAAAAGGAGCUGAGAGAGCAAUUCCAAGGAUGGAAUUUAAUUUUCAUUUGCCUGUUUAAUGCUUUUAGUGAUGAUUUCUGUGUUGUAUGUGUAAUAUGUGAUUCUUUCAGCUAUAAUUUGGCCGGAAACUGAGUUCUGAAAUUUCACUUUC